AUAUCUAGUCUCCGUGGUAUAUUUGUAUAGCGCGUCUAAACAGCGACCGUUCGUUACAUACGGAGCUAGGUCUCCUUUCUCUAGCUUCCAUAAUAUUACCAUUUGGAACUAACGAUACGCAUUUACAUUACAUUUGUCAUGGAAAAUGUCUACAAUAAUCCGGUCGAUGAAAAUUCACGAGUAAAUUCGUUACCCAAAAAUUAUCAACCUACUCCAGAUGAGUUGAAACUAUUGGCUGAAUGCCGUGGUAAGAGCAAUGUUAAUGGUACCAUUGGUGCAAUUACAUUCGGAGGGUUGGCCUACCAAAGUAUCAAAUCGUUCAGGCUAAAUGUUCACCCAAGGUUUGGUAUCUAUCCCAAGGUUGGAGUUGCGUCUGUGGUAGGUUUUUUUGUAGGAAAAAUUACAGCCCUACCGUCAUGCAGAGAAAAAUUUAAGAAUCUUCCGGACAGUCCGAUUGGUGCCAUUAUGCGACAAAAAUCAAUGGGAAGUCUAACAACAGAAAUAAUAACUGAUUCAAAUCUAAACUUUACUGGCGUCACUCCGAUUAAACCAUCAAAUAAUGCACAAAUGAAUUCUGCAAUCGACAUUGAUGUUUACAAUUCACCCAGCAAUAUGGACAGUUAUACCGGUAAUGAGUUAAAUGGUCCGAGAUUAGAUGCAUCGAAUGAUAAUAUACUCGAUGAAAAUUACAUACAAAAACCAGCAGUUUCGUAUGCCGAGCUAAGGGGUAGGAACAGAGAAGAUUAUUUGAAAGCCAGUAAAGAAAAAUACAAUCCGAUGAGCUCUAUCGCCAACGACUCACGUACAGAGCCACCGACACGAAGGUCUUCACCCCCUCCUAUUCCUAACAAAGAGACAAACAAAUAUGGAGAUGUAUGGGGCUAAUGUGAUACUAACUGCAAUCCACGGCUCUCGCAUCCGCGUAUAUAUUAGUGCGUACCUACAGGGUCAUUUAUUCAUCGUUGAACACAAGACUCGGCUAUGAGAGAGCCUCUUACGCGAGUAUCAGGGUGGGCUGGCUGCAUCGGUUACACUCGUGUUCAGCAACGAAUAAAUGAUCCUGUAGUAUCAGGUUCAUACGUUUUAAAACCUUUGACAUGGUCUUUGGAGAGAAUAUAUUAUACACAGCCCAAACAAUUUGUCAUUGCUUAUUACAAUUAUUUUUCCAAUGCCUGUGCGCGUAAUUUUAAACAAUGUUCCCGGUACUUUAACGACCGCCACAUCUACAUAGCUAUUGUAUAAAUGUAACAUAGGCGCAGAUAUUUUACAGUGUAGUCUGUGAUUUAAACGACGUAGAAUGUAUUAAAUGUAAAAAUAAAUCGUCCUGGUUGAAUAAA